CUUUGCAAACCUUUUUAAAAAAAAGUUAUUAAGUUUACCAUGCGGGAGAUCGUGCACGUACAAGCUGGGCAAUGUGGCAACCAGAUCGGGGCCAAGAACAAUUUAAAAAUCCUUGCAGGGUCGAAGCUCUACAAUGUGUGGGCUGGAUUUAGGCCGAUUCUCACCCUUACUGGGUAGGUGACUGAACAGCUUUCUAGCAGCACGAUGGUUCGUUCUGGGAAGUGAUCAGUGACGAACAUGGCAUUGACCCCACUGGCACCUACCAUGGAGACAGUGACCUCCAGCUGGACCGCAUCAAUGUCUACUACAAUGAGGCAACAGGAGGAAAAUAUGUUCCUCGGUCAAUUCUGGUUGACCUGGAGCCUGGCACCAUGGACUCUGUUCGUUCUGGUCCAUUCGGGCAGAUCUUCAGACCAGAUAACUUUGUGUUUGGGCAGAGUGGUGCUGGGAACAACUGGGCCAAGGGUCACUACACAGAGGGCGCAGAGCUGGUGGACUCUGUCCUGGAUGUGGUGCGGAAGGAGGCAGAGAGCUGUGACUGCCUGCAGGGCUUCCAGCUGACCCACUCCUUGGGUGGGGGCACUGGCUCGGGCAUGGGCACCCUACUCAUCAGCAAGAUCCGGGAGGAGUACCCCGACCGCAUCAUGAAUACCUUCAGCGUGGUGCCCUCGCCCAAGGUGUCAGACACUGUGGUGGAGCCCUACAACGCCACCCUCUCCGUCCACCAGCUGGUGGAGAACACAGAUGAGACCUACUGCAUCGACAACGAGGCCCUCUAUGACAUCUGCUUCCGCACCCUGAAGCUCACCACCCCCACCUACGGGGACCUCAACCACCUGGUCUCGGCCACCAUGAGCGGUGUCACCACCUGCCUCCGCUUCCCGGGCCAGCUCAACGCUGACCUGCGCAAGCUGGCGGUCAACAUGGUCCCCUUCCCUCGCCUCCACUUUUUCAUGCCGGGCUUUGCCCCUCUCACCAGCCGGGGUAGCCAGCAGUACCGCGCCCUAACGGUGCCUGAGCUCACCCAGCAGGUGUUCGAUGCCAAGAACAUGAUGGCAGCCUGUGACCCACGCCACGGGCGCUACCUCACUGUGGCGGCCGUCUUCCGCGGCCGUAUGUCCAUGAAGGAGGUGGAUGAGCAGAUGCUGAACGUGCAGAACAAGAAUAGCAGCUACUUCGUGGAGUGGAUCCCCAACAACGUGAAGACAGCCGUCUGCGACAUCCCACCCCGCGGCCUCAAGAUGGCAGUCACCUUCAUCGGCAACAGCACCGCCAUCCAGGAGCUCUUCAAGCGCAUCUCCGAGCAGUUCACCGCCAUGUUCCGUCGCAAGGCCUUCCUCCACUGGUAUACGGGCGAGGGGAUGGAUGAGAUGGAGUUCACGGAGGCCGAGAGCAACAUGAAUGACCUCGUGUCAGAGUACCAACAGUACCAGGAUGCCACAGCAGAGGAGGAAGGAGAAUUUGAAGAGGAGAUUGAGCAAGAUGAAGCUUAAACAAAAAACCCUUUUCUUUUUUCUGUACAUAAUGCAUUCUUUUUAAAUUGUGUAAAUGAGUAAGAUUUGUGGGCUUUUACAGGCUUUGCAGGGCUCGAGUUUAAAAUCUUGCACAUGACAAACACUGGCCAAUGAGGUGCUGUAAUGUAAAGCUCGAAUCACCAACCCAAAUCCGAGCAAGUUAUUACCCCAAGUCCCAGUGGGUGUCCAAAUUGAAAUCAGCCAUGUUUGCUGUGCAUUUUUGGGGGUUUGUGAGUGGCUCAUUAAGUGUAAAUGAAGACCAGGGAGGGUGUCCAAAAACCCUUGAAUGUUGCAGAACUGAAUUCUGGGGUGGGUGGUGAAAUAACUGGAAAAUUGAGUGAACCCAGCCAGCAUAGAAGCUGAAUGUUCUGUCUGUGCUCCUGGCAAUCUGAUGUCCAUUUUCAGUACAAGUCUGGACUGUGGCCCUCUAAACUCCGAACUCGAGCCCUGUGCUGCGGUAUUCCACUGUAAAUCUUUUGUUUUGACUGUUUCUGAGCCAUUUUAUGGUCUAAGGUUAUGAAGAGAAGACAGGAGAAUGGGGUUAUGGAAGGAAAUUAUGAGCCAUGAUCAAAUGGUGGAGUAGAUUCAAUCGGUUGAAAAUCCUGAUUCUGCUCUGAUGUCUUGUGGUCUCGUGUUUUCUGUUUCAGGAUAUUGGAUGGCUCCUGUUUAUUACAGCCAGCUGUAAAUGAGUUUGGCAGUACUUUCCAUUGGCACUGGCAAGCAUUAGGGAUGCAGAUAUUCCUAAUGAGCACUCGUGCAUGAGUGCAGGGAAAAUCAUAAUUAUUGGGAUUAAUGGAAAUGCCUGUCCUGUUCCUGAACAAGUAAUGUUACCUGGUUAGCACCCAGACCUGAAGCAAAUUCCCUUAAACAAGAUUCCAAUGUAGGGAAAAGAAUCUUUAGCUGCAAUCUAAAUAUGGGGGAGAAACACUGAAGUACAGACUAUUUCCAAUCACCUUUUGCUGAGACUUCUGCCUCAAUACUGGCUUGAGUGAGUGCAUGCGUGUGUGUGUGUGGCCUCUGUCAGUCGUGGUCCACCAUGGGUGCAGCGCCUCUAGUCACUGGUUUGUCGAGCAGCAUUGACUAUUGAGGCCAAUCCCAGAAUGGCAGGCUCUGCCACAGUCACCGUCCACCUUACUCUCCGUUUAGCGCUCUGCUCCGCCAUCUCUCAGGAUCACUUUCACCUCGCUCUCGGUGUUGCUGAAGAUACCUCGCCAUUUGUUGCAGUCAUCUGCUGUAUCCUCCCAGCACUUUUUUUUUAAGGGUUUCAUUUCGUGCAGAGGUCCUUGAAGCGAAGCUGGGGUCUACCAACAUUCCUCUUGCCUGUUGCUAGUUCUUUAGAGGAUGUCCUUUGGCAGUCUAUCAUCCUUCAUACGACAGACGUGGCCCAGUCUGCGUUGCCUUAAAAGCAUGAACAUUGUGGGAAGCCCAGCAUGGGAGAGGACCUCAGUUUGGGAAUUUGUCUAUCCAGGUGAUGCUGAGGAUGCAGGUAAGGCUGUGCAGGUGAAAACUACUGACUUUCCUCUCCUGUUUGGAGUAGAUGGUCCAAGUCUCACUACUAUACAGGAGGGUGCUGAUAACGCAUGCAUUGUACACAGCAGUCUAUACGAGCUACAUGAGCUAAGACUUUGCUGACAAUACUCAGGAGUGAGAUACCCCUGUCGUUGCAGUCAUUCCUAUCACCCUUGUUCUUGUACAAAGUGACGAUUUUGGAGUCGCGCUUAUCCUGUGGUACGGCUCCUUCCUUCCAGAACUGAUGGACCUGUUAUAAACUCUUGCAGUGUUUGAUCAUUGCCAGGAGCUUUCCCUGGGGUCAGACUGUCAAUUGCCUUGCUGAGGUCCUCAGUGGUUGGUUCGGAGACGGGUUCAUCCAUGGCUGGUAGACAAUCAAUGGCUGAGCUGACAACAUUUUCCCUUGAGUAGAGCUCAGUAGUGUUCUACCCAGUGUUCCAUCUGCUUGCUUUUAUUGGUGAGUAUUUCUCCGCUGGAUGACGUCAGGGGUGCUAUUUUGCUCUGCGAUGGGCCAAGGGCCGCUUUGAUACCAUCAUACAUCGAUCUGAUGUUGCCUGUCGCAGCUGCUGUCUGAACGUCCUCACUGAGCUGGAGCCAGUACUCAUUUGCACACUGCCUUGCAGUCUGUUGCACUUUGCUUCUAGCAGCUCUAAGUGCCUGGAGUGUUUGGUCGGAUGGUGAGCGCUUGUACUGAGAGCUGCAUGCUUGGCAUCGAUGACAGGAGUCAUGAUGUUGGACUUUGCCUCAAACCAGUCACUGCUCACAGCUCCCUGGACUAUUCCUCUUCCCCCCCCUGUCUCUUGCAAAAAGGCUAUCCCCUUCUCACAAUUCCUCCGUCUCCGCCGCAUCUGCUCUCAGGAUGAGGCUUUUCUUUCCAGGACGAAGGAGAUGUCUUCCUCCUUUAAGCAAAGGGGCUUCCCUUCGUCCACCAUCAACUCUGCUCUCAAACGCAUCUCUCCCAUUUCCUGCACAUCUGCCCUCACCCCAUCCACCCGCCACCCCACUCGGGAUAGGGUUCCCCUUGUCCUUACCUACCAGCCUCCAGGUCCAACAUGGAAUUCUCUGUAACUUCCACCACCUCCAACUGGAUCACACUACCAAGCACAUCUUUCCCUCCCUCUGUUUUCUGCAGGGGUUGCUCCCUACGUGACUCCUUUGUCCACUCGUCUCCCCCCCCCCCACCCCUUCUCACCGAUCUCUCUUAUCACCGAUCACUGAUCUUAUCCCUGUAUGCGGAACAAGUGCUACACCUGCCCUUACACCUCCUCCCUAACCACCAUUCAGGGCCCCAGACAGUCCUUCCAGGUGAGGCAACACUUCACCUGUGAGUUGGCUGGUGUGGUAUACUGAGUCACCCUUUUCUGACUCUUAUCUGUGUUGAUGCGAGGUUUUCCAGUGUGUUUAAGUAAUGUUUUGCAAAAGGCUUAAAAUCAAGUUGCUAAAUUGAUGGAAUUUGAGGGUGCAACAGUAUGUUGAAUGAAACAAAUUCCACAUUCAUGAUCUGGGGACAGUUUGAUUUGCCAUUUUGAGUGAACUGUUCACUAUACUUGUGAAACUGUGUCCCUUUAAGGCAGACAGCAUCUCGAGCCUUGCAUUUGGGCUUUGAGACAUUUUCUCCAUAUGAGGUUAUGUUGAAUCCAUUUUAGCCCCACUGUUAGAAUUGCCCUGGAAAGAUGAUUUGAAAGUGUGUGGGAAGUUGUGGUUAUGAAUGUUGGUGAGAUCUGAUGGAUUGAGGCAUGUGCCAGCAUCUCGUACACUUUUGGGCUGGAGUGAUGCUAAGCCAACUUUGGUCGGUAUCAUCAUGGCAAAGCUUUAAUCUUUCCAUAUUUGCCUGUUUUUCCCCUUUUUUUGGGGGGGGGGCACAUUGAGUCACCAAGAGUCCUAACCUGUCGCACUUUCAUCACCAUACGUAUCACUGAUGAUUCCCUCCAUAAUCGUGCCAAAUGUUGGUUAAUCUGGGGCACGGGACCAUCUCCAAAUCCCAAGAGCAAGUACCUAUAAACCCAGGCCACUAUAUGGCAGUGGUUUGAAGUAAAAUUUGUCUUGCCCACUUGCUGCUUCUCACGGAAGGGAUGCUUGUGAUUCCAGUGCCAGUGAGUUUGCCAAACAACCUCCAACCCUGCAGGACUUGUGUUCUGGUCUUUAUCCUGUUCUUCACUUUCAUACGCUGAACUUCAACUGCCUGUGGUUGAAGUAGAGUUACUUGAUACAACUUUUUUUAACCUCCCAUGUUUUGGUUUGUUUGUGGGCUGAGGUGAAGAUGGGUGGCAACAGAUUUGACUGAAGAACCAUGCAAAAGGAAACUGAGCACAGUUUUUGUCUGGGGGAGAUAAAUGGAUUUGAUUUGUUUGCAGGUCACCUGACACCCAGUGGCCAAUCAGUUGCAACCAUUUUGUAAAUGGCAGCUGCGUUUUCCUUUGCUGUUGAGCCAAAACUGUACUGCUUAAAAAUGUCGACCUGGAAGCUCUCGAGCUUGUUUCCAUACUGCUUGCUGAGCACUUUUCAAUCUUUGUCUUGUGGAUUUUUCUCCAUGUUUUUCACCACUUUUUAAUCUUUUAUUUGAGUUUUUUUCUUUGUUUUUUCAUAUUGAAAAGUGUGGAGCUAGCCUGUUUCUUAACUGACAAAUAAACUUUUUUUGCGAUUUAAA